AUGUCGUCUAACUAUCUAUGUAACCAAACGGGAAAUUGUCCUGUAUGUCAAGAGGUGCUAAUGGUUCGAAAUUUUGAAAGAUAUUGUAACAAUAAACAUACACUAUUAUCAUCUGAUGAACGUCGCAAUGCUUUGAAAACUUUAAAAGAAGAAUGUUCAAGAAAACGUACUGCAAAACAAGCAAAUUCAUCUAAUAUACGUGAUUUUUAUUUUGCAAAAAAACCUCGUAUUUCACAAACAGAUCCAAAAGUAUUAAAUGACAAUAAUAGUGAAGUUGUUAAUCCAGUUACUGACAACACUUUAGCAAAUACUAAUGAAAUCAGUGCAUCUAAAGAUGGUUCAAUAACAAUAACAACUUAUUUUAAUAUUAAUAAUUAUGAUGCAUCUUUGGACAAAAGCAUUAACAGCAACAAUUUCAACGAUGAUACAAUAAUUAAGAAUACUUCUAUUUCAUCACCAUUUGAUGUUUUAACAAAUACACCUGAUAAAUCUGACGAGGAUGAUAACACAACGGAGAGUAUGGAUGCAUUUAAUAACAAUACAACAUUUGAUAAUGUUAGUGAUAGUUGUAAUAAUAAUGAUGAUAAUAGCGAAGAUUAUAAACAACGAAGUCGUUUUCCAAAUGUUAACUGGAAACCCGAUACACAAAAAACCAAUAGUAAAACACACGGUAAACCUAGUUCAACAUGGUGGUCUGGUAGUCGUCAACAAUGGUUAAGAGCUAUUUGUACCAAUAAUAUUUAUGGAUUAUUAUGUUCUGUUUGUGCACAAUAUGCAACAGAUGAUGUUCGAAUACAACGCAAUACAAUAAGCAGAGCAAGUGCAAAGCUAACAAAAAACGAUAAUAAUACAAUAGUUGGAAAAAUUAAUGCAAUAAACAUGAAUACUUGUACAUUAAAUUAUUUACGUGCAUUAGCACGAACAUUUUUAUUUAUGUUAACCCAAGAAUUUGCAUUAAAUAAUUUCGAAGAUCUCAUCAAAUUACAAGCUAGCAAUUUGGCAGAGCCAAUAACCAAAUGGUUACCAGUUUCAAACAAAAAACAACGAUAUUGGAUAAUUAAACGAAUUAAAAAAUACAAACUUCGUGAUGGAGCAUUUCGUGCUAUACUAUUAAAACGUUCACAAGAAAUACAAACAACGAUUACAAAUAGUAAUAAUGAAUCAAAUAAUGACGAUAAUCUUAACGAUACAUCAUCACAAAAUAACAAGAAUAAUCGUGUACAGUAUGCCCAACAAAAACCUCGACCAAAAAAAGCAAUUCCAACACCAAGUGAUACAAGAUGGAUAUAUCAUUACCAAAUAAUUAGUUUUAUGUGGAAACAUUUAGCAGCAGUAGUGGCUACGUUAAGUCAGAUAGUAGAAAAAGAUGAUGAUGGUUCACCAACUGCAAAUGGCUAUGCAUUACAAUUAAUUGAUAAAACAACAAUAUUUGAAAUGAAUAUAAAUUUUGCAUAUGUCUCGAUUCGACAAAAGAUUGUUAACAUAAUGAACGUAUUUGAUUUUGAAUUAUAUAAAGAAAAAUUAGCUACAAUUGACAACAUUGUUCCAACAGUUCCACUAACAUCACAAUAUACACGUCGUGGCGAUCAACAUAAAUUUAUGGAAUCAAUCGAAGAUCGUUUUAAUCAAAAUUGUCGAAUGGUUGUUGAUAAUAUUACUUAUUUUUCUAAUCCACAAGAGUAUGAUGAUAAUAAAUUAAUUGAUAAUGAAUUGUUGCUGUUCUACUGUAAUUCAAUACAUUUUAAACGUAAAGAUACGAAUAAAUCAACGUACGAAAAAACAGAAAACGCAAUUUUAAACAAACAUUUAUUACAAAAACAAUUACCACAAUUUCGUUCAACAAUUCGAACAAUAACUGGUUUACUUGAAAUUACAAAAUGUUUAUCAAAAUGUGAUGUUUAUCGUUUAUCUGAAUGGUACAAGUUUUACCAAAUAUUAAUUACAAUACCAUUAGGUGCUAAUGAAUGCGAAAAAUCAUUUAGUGCAAAAAAAAACACCUCAAAAAUCGAUCUCAGCCCCGGCUCGUAA